AUGAAGUCACGCCCGCAGGUCUACCCCCGACCGGCCUUCCAUCUUAUCCGCGCGAUCGCGUUCAUCAGUGCUGCGAUUGUCAGUGGGAUCUUGAUAUAUUUCUGCAUUCAGCUGCGUCACGAUGGGUUUAAGUUGCCCUGGACGUUGAUCAUUGUGCUCGCCUCUUCCGUCCUCUCCCUGAUCUCGCUCUUCCUCACCUCGUUGGUGUACACCUGCUUCUUCCUCUCGCCUCUGUUAAACUUGAUCCUCAACGUCACAGUCUUCAUCGUCUGGCUGGUCGGCUACUGUCUCUUGACAUGGAACAUGUACGGCACACUCGGCCACAGCUGCUCUCGAGCAAAUUGGGCCUCUGACGAUGGCAUGAUGAUCUGUCGCAUCUACAAGGCGCUGUAUUCCUUCGAGGUUUUUGGGUUGCUCGCCCAGAUCGCCCUGAUUGUGUUGGAUGUGCGGACCCGGCGCGCCGAGACCAAGCUCGGGAAGUACAACCAGAUGGGCGCUGAUGCUGCGCGAGGCGGUGCAGAGGUGAAACUGGACGACCUGAACAGAAACUCCGCGGGGUCGGGACUGCUCAACCACCACGAGGCUCCCCAAGACGGAUUGCCCUACGGGAUUGGAGACUACAACCCGCACGCAGCUCAAGAUUCGAGAUUACGCCUGAGGGACCACGCCGCAGACUCGGACUACAAUCACGGGUAUUCCGGACAGGUCAGGGUCGACGAUUUCCACAACAACAACUCGACGGGCAAUUUCGGGUAUAAUGCAUACACGCCGCAGACUGGCUAUGGGAAUGGCGGGUACGGUUAUGGGGCGCAGCAACGAUGA